CGUACGCAUAGCUAGGGGACGUUCGUUUCAUUAUCAUUUCGGUGACCGUGACCGUUGUGUUUAGCAUAUCUUUAAUGUGAACUGAACGCGUAGACAACAGAAACGUUGCACGUGGUUCAUCCUGCGAUGGCGCGAAUGCAACAUUAAAAGCAUUUUUCGUCUGGUCCCUCUGGUGUGGUGGUAACUAAAGAUCUCGCGAGAUGAUGACGAUGAUGAUGCUGUUGCGUCUUUAUGACGUAUUCUCAGCUAUAUUAGCUAAAAAUGACAUUCUGCUUGGUGUUUUCAUAUAACAAUGCACAUGCACUUACUUUAAACGAAUUGAAAUGUAUAACUACGCCGGUUUUAUCUAUACAGUAACGUUUUAGUUGUGCUAAUGUGCAUAAAGAAAGAUUCUGGAGGCGGGGCUAACUUCUAGCCCGCGAAUUUUGCAAAACUCGCCGGGAAAAAAAAAAACCGACGUUCAGUUCAUUCACAGCCUGCAGCCUUGUCGCCACGGACAAAACAACAUUCCUGUUGGGUUUAUUUUUUAUCUUGACCACGUUGUAACAUUUGCCAACAUGCCCGCCCUAGAGGUUGCAGAGGUUUGUGACGUCUCUCCGUCCAAGAGGUUGAAAAGCAACCGCGGCGAAGACGGCGAAGAGGCUCGCUCCGUUCUUCACUUCGCUAAACUUUCCGAGAAGGCAACGACACCCAGCCGAGGCUCCGCCAAGGCUGCUGGAUAUGACCUCUACAGUGCAUAUGAUUAUUCUAUUGGUCCUAUGGACAAAGCUAUUGUGAAAACUGACAUCCAGAUAGCAGUACCACAUGGCUGUUAUGGCAGAGUGGCACCGAGAUCUGGACUCACAGUAAAGCACUUUAUUGACGUCGGAGCUGGAGUAAUUGAUGAGGACUACAGAGGGAAUGUCUGCAUUGUUCUGUUUAACUUCAGCAAGCAGACGUUUGAAGUGAAAAAAGGUGACCGGGUUGCUCAGCUGGUUUGUGAGAGAAUCACCUACCCAGAAUUAGUCGAGCAGGAGACACUUGACGACACGGAGCGUGGGGCUGGAGGGUUCGGCUCAACCGGGUGCAACUAAAACUUUGAAUUGUUGCCUUGGAAAGUUGGAGUUUAGAAGUUGUACUUGUUAAUAAAUAUCCCAUUUGUACGUUGUCUGAUAUGCCUAAUUAUUGAUAUUUAAUUGUAGCAAUAUUGUAUUUAUCCACACGGGGGCAGAGUAUGACAACGUUUUCAUGAAGCUGCCUUGAAUGGCCCCCCCCCCUUCCAAUUAAAAAGGCACUCAAAAUAUUACAUUAUAUAGCAUUCACUUCCCCAGUGCUACAGCAGGUGUUGAUUCUGCUCUUCCCAGCAUGCCUAGAGGCAUUUUGCAAAUUGUGUUGGUAACUACAUGUAUGUUUUACUAGUUGCGCUAUCACUUUGUACUGUGAAUAAAGUUUGUUGGUAAUA